AUGUCCUUAUCACCAAACGAGUUAAAGACUCUGUGUGACUACCUCGAUAUAGAGGAGGCAGUGGACUAUGGUAGCGAUACCAGUGUCCAGGGUGAUACAGGGACAAUGUCCGACUCACCGAUGUCUGAGGCACAACCUUCGAAUACCUCAAGUCCGUUCUAUGAACGUGGAGAUGCGAGCGCGCCACCAGCGCAGCAUGCAGCAUCUGGUUCUGAUGAGACUAUCAUCGCGAACCCGCUCGAUGAGCAACAACAAUUGCUUGUCCAAAGAGAAGAAAACGCUCAGCGUUAUGUACAAAUGGCUGCAACCCUUGAACGCCAGCUUGACUAUGUGUUCACCCCACCCAGUACUCCUGAGGAGGUGGUGAACUGCCAGGCACUUCGUGAGAGGUACCUGGAGCCGCACCUAACGACCCAAAGUCAAUACAAGGCACGCCUUGACAUUCAAGCACGUGGUGCACCGGUUCCACCGAUCAAGGGUAUACCCAUUCUCUUGCUCGCAGGCGAAACAGUGAGCGAAGAAGACGAUGCCUUCGUUCAUUGGGUGCACUAUGUGCGUCGCCUCAGCAACAUUGUUGCUCUAAAGGCUAGUGUCCAUGCGGCGGAUGUGCGUCUCGAACGCAAGCUUCGGUAUGGUUAUGCCGAGCUUAAGGCCAGAGGCCAAUUGCGCAAGGGCACGCGAUAUGCUUCGGCUCAUAAGGUAGCCGCGAGUGCUGGUCAGUCUGUGACCAACAACCCGCCAACCCGCACCACUAGUGGUGGUGAACGGCCUCGGCCUCGAGAUGACCAUGGCCACGAUGCUCAAAAGCAUCCAAAGCAUAUGGGCAGUCUUGACGAAGGGGUUCCUCAAAUUCCCAUGAGAUUUCAGACUCAGGGUACCCACGCCACUUUACCAGAUAAUGGUAUUGGCCCUGACGACGACGUCGUUUCAGUAGUCUCUCGACAUGGAAUUGACGACACCCAUGCUCAUCGAGCAAAGUCGGUGGCGGCCGGUGUACCGGUGGAGGCCCACGAGAAAUUGGUUCUCGAAGUGAAGGGUCUUCAAGAGGCCUUGGGUAAGUCCCAGUGCAUGCUGGAUGCGAUGCAAAGCCGCCUUCAGGCGAUGGAGCAAGCUCAAACUCGGAGCGAGGCUCAGUUGGACUUGCUGAUUCGUCUACAGCAAUCCGGGGCAGUGCCCUUGUCGUCGGCGCAAGCGCCUCCGAGUUCACAUGGGAAGGAUCCCGGUACGGCUUAA